AUGUCGCGAAAGCAAUCCGUUGACCAUGUCGAUUUCCUCAUCGUCCAGGACCUCCUCGAACGAGUGACCGAGCUUGAAGAUGCAUACAAACGCGAGAAAUUAGACCGUGAACGGGAAACCCGGUUUAAUCGUGAUAUUCAACUCCAUGAGAUGGAGCUGAUGGAUCAGAUCUCCAGAAUCAAAUCAAUUAUGGAUCGUGAACCCUUCAUAGUUGUUCUUCUCGAUGGUGGCGGUAUCAUGUUCAAGGACGAAUAUCUGCAAAUGGGAGCGCAAGGAGGUCGGAAUGCCGCCGCAAAGCUGCAUGCUGCACUGCAGGAAUAUGUCACCGGCAGCUUCCCCGGCAUCAACUCCCCCAAGAUAAUAACCAAGAUGUACGUCAACCUGAAGAAUUUGGGUGAGCUCUGUGUCCGCGGUGGGAUUACCACAGAACCGUCCUUGAUCGAGGAAUUUGCCCGCGGUUUCAACGGGAGCUUCCCCCAGUUUGACCUGGUGGACAUUGGAGUUGACAAGGAGAGUGCGCAUGAUAAGAUUGCGGAGGCCUUUAAACUUAACCUAUACAACUGUCACUGCCACCAGAUUUUCCUGGGAUGCUCGCAGGACAACGCAUACGCCCAGAUUCUGAAUGAAACAUUAAUCGAUAGAGACCUCAUAGGACGCGUGUCUUUGAUUGAGGGACUGCCGUUUGGAUCAGAGCUGGAGGCCAUCAAACCCUCUUACAGAAUCACCAAGUUCUCCGAUCUCUUCCGGGAUUCCAAAAUCACCGUUUGGGCACCCUGGAAAGCGGCUGUCGCAAGCAAACCUCGUUCCCACCUCACUCCGUCGCCGAGCCAGCCGGCCGCCGUCCCCAUGACACGUACCUCGACCAGUACAUCGAACGGUAAACAGCGCCCACGUAUCGACCGAGCCCGCCCGUACCCCCAAGCUUGGGCGAAUUCCAGGUGGUGCGAUCGAAAUCAUCGGCUCCACAGCCUCCCUAAGAUCGUGGAACGCAACAGAUACGGCCAGCGCGUAGAUCGACUGGAUUUUAAGGCCAUUCCCCGAGACGAGAUCACCCGCCUCAAGAAGUUGAAGCUCUGCAAUUUCUACUUCCUCCAAGGCGAAUGUCCCAACGACAACUGUCACCAUGAUCAUUCGCGCAAACUGACCAAGUCUGAGCACUUGGUGCUGACCGCUAUUGCCCGCAUGACUCCGUGUCGGUACGGCUUAGACUGCGAUGAUCCUGAAUGUAUGUAUGGACAUCGCUGUCCGCAGAGCGAGCCCGGUAAAAAAGACUGCUUUUGGGGCGACAAUUGUCGUUUCGAUGUCUCUGCACAUGGUAUCGACACAAAUAUUGUUAAGGUGACAAAGGUCUAG